AGGAGAAAUCAACCGCAAAGUGCCACUAAUCGUCGGACAAAAAUAAGAUGCUUAUGUUUGCGUUGGUGGAUUAUUUAAACUGGAAGUAAGUUUUCUAGGCAAAUUUAACUUUAAUAUAACUUUUGAUGUUUGUACUCCACUGUGAAAAUUGGAGCAAAAUUUUAAAUGUAACUACGGUUGUUAGCGGUAACUGCUCUUGUUGUGAAAGAAGCAACCGGAAUCGGUGCUAGUCCGUCUUGUACGCUUUAAACAGGGUUAAUGUUAAUACCCUAAGUAGUCUUCCUCUUGUCGCAACUGCGAUUGAAGCGAAAUCUAUCUACUGCUCCCUGGUUUACUCUCCGAAUGGACGGUACAUGGAACCGAACCGAACCGGUCCAGACUGGGCCAUGCCGAGAAACGAAAGACAGCAGCACCCAGACUGACAGCAAGAUAGAAGGUCACGACCCCAGGUUGUCAAAGGUUAAUCUGUUUACCUUGUUGAGCUUGUGGAUGGAGGUAUUCCCUCGGGAUCAACCUGAGGACAGUGAAAGCAGUCAGAUCCGUGGGAAUGGUCUGGUGGUGGUGCAUCAAGGGAAAAUCUUGGGACUCCACUGUUCUGGAGUCAACCUUCACGCAGCACAAGCAGCCAUCAUUCAGCAUGGUGCAAACCUGGCUGGCUGCCAGCUCUUCUUCUCCAGGAGACCUUGUGCCACUUGCCUUAAGAUGAUCAUAAAUGCUGGAAUCAGUCAGAUCUCCUUUUGGCCCGGGGAUCCAGAGAUCAGCAUGCUGAGGUCCAUGUUUUCAACUCAAACAAACGCCAGCAGCACGUCGCUCUCUGUGACAGAAGACGUCCUGGACGCAGUUGCAGUAGAGAAGCUGAAGUCCAACAGCCGUCCUCACAUCUGCGUGCUGCUGCAGCCGCUGACGCUUGGCCUGCUGCAGUUUGUUGAGGAGACGUCUAGGGAGAGCGAUUUCAUGAAGAAGAUGACUGAGGAUGACCCAGGACUGAACGAACAGGAACUCUUCAACAGACAACGUCUAAGACACUUCAGAGAAUUUUCCAGUAAGUUCUUGGUUGGAACAUCCCAGCAGCACAAGGAGAUUUUGAUCCAAAUGGGCCUGGAGAACCUCUGUGUGGAGCCCUACUUCUCCAACCUGAGAAACAACAUGGCGGCGCUGGUGGAGGUUCUAGCUGCUGUGGCUGCAGGGCUCCCUCAACAACAGUAUGGCUUCUACAGAGAAAACAGUGCAACUAUGGCGUGUCAUCCAGGGGCCGUGUCUCAAGAGGUGGCUCGCCACUGCAUCAUCCAGGCCAGGCUACUGGCAUACAGGACAGAGGAUCCAAAAGUGGGAGUGGGUGCUGUUAUCUGGGCGAGACGGCGGUCGGCUGGCUCUCGAGGAACAGGCUGCCUGGAUUUGGUGGGUUGCGGGUACAACGCCUACCCUGCAGGCUCAGAGUACGCAGAGUACCCCCAAAUGGACUGCACGCAGGAGGACCGUCAGAGACGCAAAUACAGAUACAUCAUCCACGCAGAACAGAAUGCCCUCACCUUCAGGACGCGAGACGUCAAACCAGAGGAGCUAACCAUGAUGUUUCUGACCAAAUGUCCAUGUGACGAGUGUAUCCCUUUGAUAAGAGGGGCUGGAAUUACACACAUCUACACCUCAGACCAGGACAGGGACAAAGACAAGGGGGACAUUUCCUACCUCAGAUUUAGCACCCUGAAGGACAUCAGCAAGUUUGUUUGGCAAAGGAAUCCUUCUAUUCCCCCUGAAUCGACUUCUCAUCUCGCAAAUGGUUGUAUUCGGAAGCACAGCCGGCAGACUGAGCAGGAGUACGGAAAUAAGAAGCUGUGCACCGAGAACACCAAGAGUUCACCUUCUGGCAGCUGAACGUUAGUUAGUAAAGGACGGACUAGCCUGUGCAUGAGCUCCAUUCUAGGAGCGAAUAAUUUGCUGAUGGUAAAAUCUCCACCACUACAAAAAGCAUUUCCUCCUUUACAGAGUUCAUGUUUCUUGCUUUUUUGUCACACUUCAAUGUUUCAGAUCAUAUCAAGCAAAGAUAACCUCUACCACCACCAUGUUUGGUAGUCCACUAAAAAUAUCCUCUCUUCUUUCUCAUCAGCCCACAAAAUGUUUUCUCCAAAUUCUUGGGGAAUAUUAAGAUAUAGAUAUAUUUUUUGUAAAUCUUGAGGCUGAGUUUUUUUUUUUGUCUGGGAGUCAUUUUGAGAGAUUGACUACCCUUGAAAAAGUUCCAUGUUUCCUCCAAACGCCUCGUUUAGAAAUCUAACCUUAAGAAAUGGCUUUGUAACCUUUUCCAGUCUUGACAGAUGCCAAUGACUCAUCUGUUCUUUAAUUCCUUCAGAGCAGAGCAUGAGGAGUUGCUUUUUGAGAUUCUUCUAUCUUUUUUUUUUUUUUACUUAUUUACUUACACUGGUGACCAUACCAGGUUUUAGAUCUGAAAAAAUAAAAGUAAAAAAGCUUUGUGAAACCAAAAUGCUACAUUGAAACGUAAAGAAAAAUUUGUAAAGAAAGGGAUUUCAUUGUGAUUUGUUUGAACCUUUUUGCCUUUUAGUUUUCAGCUUGUAAAAUUAUGUCUCUGUACGAAAAAGUUUAUGUUCAAACUGUGAAAUUCAUUUUAUUGGUUAAAGAUUUAAAGCAUUUAUCUCUUUAUAUCUCCCUAUCUUUAUUGUGAUAACUGUGGUUUACAGUUAAUAAAAACCUAAAAUUCACUUUCUGCCAGAAUUAGUCCUCAGGUUUUAUCCCCGACCCCUGAUUGUCUUCCUCUUCUCUUUCUGCCCACCUUCCUGUUACACUAGUAAUGAGGAUAAAGUAUUUGUUUUUGUUUCUAUUUAUGCAGUAAGUUUACCACAGUUAUCCUUUCUGAUAAGCCACAACUCAUCAUUGACUGACUAGAACAUUUAACAGUUCAAAUAAAUUGUUUAGUUCUCCUUGUGUAAUUUGAAUUUUGGACUUUCUUCAGCUGUAACUCAGAUUCGUCACAAAUCGUCACACGGUUUCUGACCUGGGCGACGUAUCAGAAGGAGGCAGACCAAGCAGGCCUGGUUCACCUCUGAUCACAAAUAAAAGUAAUAAACGCUUAAAAUAUUUCAAUUUGUGUAGAGUUACUCUCAAAAGUCUACACACCCUUGUAGAAACUUUCCCCGAGUUUGGCUUUUGUGACAUAAAAAAACAAACAACACAGAACGUUGUAUCUAAAUUUCUUCAAAUACUGUGCUCUAAAGAUACAAACAAGUGCUUUGUCGCAACAUUUUUGAUUCAGUUAGAGCGUAAAGUAUAUUAGAUAUGAGCGUGUCCACAUUCAACAUCUUCCGGGCUGUAGAAGAUGUUUAUGACGUCUUUCUUUUGUUAAGAUGGAUAUAUACUUCGACUCACUCUGAUUCUAAAAAAAUAAAUUCCUUCUUCAUAUUCAA